UUCUCGAAAACGCGAUAACUCCUUUUUCGCGUCUCUCAAGCAUUUCGCCGCUCUUUUUCAUUUCUUACUCCGUCCAAAUCAACAGCAGCAUACCCUUUUUCACUCCACUCUUUCUCUCUCUACAAACAACCAAGAAGCAGCAGCAGAAGAAGAAAGAUGGGCGAAGGAAAAGGCUCAUCCCUAGUUCAUCUUCUAGUUAUCAUCUUAUGCUUAGUUGCUUUUGGUUUCGCCAUUGCCGCUGAACGCCGCCGCAGCACUGGGACCAUUCGCACAGAUAAUGCAACCAAUUCCACUUACUGCGUAUACGAUUCAGAUGUAGCAACAGGCUAUGGCGUUGGCGCCUUUCUGUUUCUUCUCUCAGGCGAAUCCUUACUCAUGGGAGUAACCAAAUGCAUGUGUUUUGGAAGGCCAUUAGCACCUGGUGGAAAUCGAGCUUGGACCAUCAUCUAUUUCACAUUCUCAUUGCUGAGUUUUGUGGUUGCAGAAGCUUGUUUGAUAGCAGGGGCAAAGAAGAAUGCAUACCAUACAAAAUACAAGGGGAUGACAGAAAGCUUUUCAUGUGAUACAUUAAGGAAAGGUGUUUUUGUUGCAGGAGCAGUGUUUGUGGUGGUGACAAUGGUUCUGAAUGUGUAUUAUUACAUGUAUUUCACUAAGGCUACAACUCAGCCUGCUCAUAAAAGCAACCGAUCUAGCUCAACUGUUGGAAUGGCUUCUUAUGCAUAAGACCAUGUUUUGAGAAUACUUUAAAGGUGUACAUUUAGCAUCAUAUGAUUGCAAUUAUUAUUUGUUGUUAGAUAUAUGGGAAUUUGGUUCUUGAUCAUAUUAUGAAAAGAUCGGUUUUUGUUUGCU